AAGAAGAAAUAGAAUUUAUUCUUCGAGUAUUUCAACUUUAUUUGUACAGAAUGUCGAUCAUUAUGCGGAAUCAAUUACACCAAAUCAAAUGAACGGAUUCGAAACACUUCUUGAUGUUGUCUCAACGAAUCGUCAUUUUAAUCCAUAUGAUUUAAUUACAGUACCUGAUAACAAGACUGAUCCAGAUAAUCAUUAUGUUUUUUCGGUCUUUGGUGUACUAAAUGUGCGUAAGAACGGACAAGAUGUCGAGAUUUUCGAAUUAGCUGAAUGGUAUCGGCAUGCAAAACUAUGGCAUGCAUGUCGACAGAUUCCAUUUUUUCGAGAUUAUCUCAUUCGAAAAGAAUUCAAUCGGUAA